CAUUUUUGUUAAUAAAUUUUCUGUUAGAGGUCGCGUCUAUGAAGGACUUUUGCAAUGCAGUAAAUGUGUGUCUCUUGUUUUGAGUACUGAGAAACUACAGUUUUUCAUUUUUAACCCAGUUCUUGUUUCUAAAAAUAAAUUGUUUGUACUUUUAAUUAAUUAUAUUAAAAAUGUAUAGCUAUUGCAAUAUCUUGUUAACUGUAGGGAUCUUUAUACUCACACAGAUCUCUUUAGGCACUAGUAUAGAAUGUUAUAAUUGCCGUUCAGACGUUGAUAGUAAUUGUGCUGCUGAACAUCCUGAUCCAAAAUUCUUGACUAAUUGCAGUGCUCUUAAAGAAGGUCCUAAAUAUCAAGCUUGUCGUAGAAUUGAGAAUUUUGUGGAUUUUACAGUUGUUGGGCAGGAACCAACUAAACGUGUUAUUCGACAAUGUGCUGCUGAUGUAGACAAAGAAAGGCCAUGCUAUUAUCGUGCUGGUUUUGGAGGCAGAUCCAAUGUGUGUGAUUGUUUUCAAAACAAAUGCAAUUACGCUUCUACCAUCAUCAAUUCAGUCCUUGUCACUGCAAUAUGUGCAUUUGCUGCUUUCAUAUUUCUGUGAUAUUUUUAAGUCAAAGCAUUUGUAGGUAUCCUAAGUCAUAUUGAAACACAAAUGUUAUAACAACCCAUAUUAUGAGAAAACCACAUGUCUAUUUUAUACCACGAAAGAGAAAUUAUAGGAAAAAACAAAUGCUUGUUUUUUGUUUACCUAUCAUUGUUUGAAAACGAGGUUUAUGUUCUGUUUUCUCUCUGUGGAAAUUAUGUUUUAUGUUAUAUGUUAAUACUAUGCAAAUAUCAUGAUAUGUUGAGUAAUUUGUUAAAGCUAUGCUGGAUUUUGAGGAAAAUUUGAGUGUUUCUUUUAUUAGUAUUCCUAUUUUUAUUUAUUCCUGUUUAAAUACAAAAUAUAUUUAUCAUGACCUGCUCAUCAAUCAUAAAAAAUUUUUCUUUAUUAGAUGAGUAAUAUGAUUGUAAAUAUGUUUGAAAGUUUUUAAAAUGUAAAAGAAAUUUAAAUAACAUACUCAUUUCCUGCCAUUAAUCCUACUACAAACAUAUAUUUACAAGUUUUAUGUGAAAUAUUAAAAGUAUAACUAGUUUUCACAUGUUAAAAUUUUUUGUUUUAACUCAUUCAAAAUUUCCUAUAUAAAUUUUUUUACUGUUAUUGCUACUAAAAUUUUUUAUUGCUGUAUAUAAUAACUUCUGUAAGUAUUAUGUUAUUACAUAUAUUUUGCUUUUAAUGAAAGCAGAAACUGAAUGAAAAAUUAUAUAAAAUUCACAUUUGGGAAAAAUUUAUAGAAUCGUUUAAAGUGUUAAUUUCGUUUAUCGUUCAUUCAUUGAGCUAUUAAUACUUAAAUAUUCAUUACGGAUUGUACAAUCAAAAGGGUACUUAAUAUUUUUUUUUUCCCUUUAAAGUUGUCGUGGUUUUCAAUAUUUUUUUAAUUUUAACUUUUCGUGAAUUUAUUUAAUCACUAGUUAAAUUUUUUUGUUUGUUUUUCGUGUAAGAACUUAAGUUACACCACAUAGCAUAAAAUAAAAGUUAAUUGUCAUCAGAGAAUAAACUGCAUCCAUUAGAAAGUAAAUUGUUUUGUACACUUUUAGAGUCAUGUUACUUUUUCCCAGGAAUAAAAUUGUGAUUAUCAAAUGUAUUUAAUUAUCUUUUUUUUAUGUAUGUUAUAUUUUUUCAUUGACAUAAUUUUUCUGUUUUAUAUUAGAUGUCCUUAAUAUUUUGGUGUAAUUUAUUUUUCUAAAACACUUUGUUUUACUUUAAUUAUUAGUUUUAUUUGUUUUAAAAGAAAUUACUAGCAUUGAAAUUGAAUUCUUAAAUUACUUGAGCUUAUGUUUGUUAAAUUAGUUUUAUUUCUAAGCUUUAAGUUGUUACCUAAGCUUAGAAAACAUAAAAUUAGUUUAUUAAUAACUCCAUGACAUGUUAUUGAGUUUCUAAUUGUUAAUUUUUUAUAGCAAUUGCAUUGUGAUUUAUUUUAUUAUUAUUUUUUUUUAUACAGUUUAUUCAUAUUUGAUUGUUUCUUUAUUUUUUAUGUUUCAAUCUCAAUCUAUUCAAAAUGUUUUGAUUAUUACUGAUACACAAUGUACUGAUUUGAAAAAAAAUUUUAUUAUUUUAUUUUUUGAUCGACUUUGUUAAGUUUGUCUAGUCUAUUUUUUCUUGUAUUCAUAUGGAAGUUAACUAAGUCUGUUCAAAGGCUUUUUUGUCACUGUUUGCACAAUUUUUCAGAAAGGAAAUAAAAACUAAAUGCUUUAAGACUCUCUUUUGGAGUUAUUGUUAUUAUGAACAGUUUUUUUUUCAUCUUCAUAUUUAUUAUAACUUAUGAAAUAAAAGUUUAUAUUUAAAAAUAUGAUAAAUAAUAUUAAAUGCCAAAAUAUUUAAUUUGAGAUUAAAAUGUUUGUGUCAAGAGGCAAUUUAUUUGCUGUUACAAAUAAUUUGUUUCUGAUCUAAGAAUCCUUAAAGACAUUUACUUAAUGUAUGUUUUAGUAUUAUAUUUCAAACUUUUAUAUUUGUUCAUUUUUUAGGAUGUUUUUUAGUCUUAUAGACUUGAAAAUGUUUAUCUUAUUUAUAUCAAUGUUGAGGGCAUUCAUUUGAGUAUAUUAAUUUUUAUAAGAUUGUUUUAUUAAUAUUUUUUAUUUAUUUNAUUUUAUUUUCUUUUAUUUUUUUUUUUUUUUUUUUUUUAAUAAUUAGACUUAAACUUUUAGAUAUUUACUCUUCCACUGUUGCAUGUAGAUUUAGUAUGAUUAUUCUAAGAAUUACUCUAUACGUUUAGGAUUCAAUAGACUUUCAAUCACAAACUACUAUAAAUGCAUAAGCUAAAUUAAGAUUUUUUCUUAAUAUUCUAGGCUAUGUAAUGUAAAUAUUCAUUCCAAUAUUUGCCUAAUGUUGUGAGUGAAAGCAAUAGUUUUGCUUGUACUAUCUAUGACUUACUAGUAUGGUUUUUUCAGUUAUAUGUUCAUUAUUAAAAAAAAAUUGAAUAAAAAAUUUAAAAUGCUUUUUACAGAGGUAUUUUUCCUCCAAAUAUCUUAGUCAUUUUGUUAAUUUCUUUUGAGAUUUUUCAUUUUUGGGGCCAACUGACUUCAAUCAAAGCAUUUCACAUUCCACCAAGUUAUUUUUACCGAUAUUGUUUUUUAUUAUUAUAAAUGUAUAACAUCAUCAGAGUGUAUAAGAAUCUCUUGUAAUUUUAUACUCUUGAUUCAAUUAUAGCCUUUCAACUAUGUGUUAUUACAAUAUUUCAAAGUAUGAAAAAAUAUUUUAAAUCCAUUGGGGAAAAAAAAUAUUUGCAAAAUCUGAGGAAUAUCUGAUGAGUAUUUCAUACUUAAAAUUCAUAAAGUUAUAACGCUUUUUAUGUUCUUUAGCUUUUUGUUUUUAUAGAAUAGGCUAUUGCCAUUAUUCAUUUAUAUUAAUCAUAUUUAAGUAAAUUUUGAAUUUUGUACAAAUAUGUCUGAUUAGGAAUUAUGUAUUUAUGAUUAGGUUUUAUCAAAUUUACAUUGUCUCUCAAUAUAUGACUCAUAAUUGUUUUAUUUCUGAGUAUUAAUUGUCUCAUAAUUGUUUUACCAAUGAAGAUCAAACCUUAUAUUUUCAGUAUAGCUCUAAAAUCUAUAAAAAUUAGAUGCUUCAGAUCAGUAAAAAGAUGAAGCUUAAGAAAAGUCUGCUUUUAGUUCACUAAAGCAUGCCAUUAUCGACUUUAAAACUUUUUUUUCCCAAUUUAUUUAUUGUAAGUUAGUUAAUGUGACUAAUUUACUAUAUUUUGAGAAUGCAAGUAGAGUUAAAUUAUAAAUUGGGAGUUGCCAAUGAAAUAACUUAAAAAUAAAGUAAUAGCAGAGAUAAAAAGAGUUUAAAAAAAAAGCUGAAAGUUCAUACUUUCAUUGAAUUUUUGCAAAUUUAAUUGCAUUUUGGCUAAUUAUUAGAAUUAAUGCCUAUUUUUAUUGACAUGUUCUUUGCCCAUCUGAAACAUGGAUCAUUAGCUAGAGAUGAGCCUUGUAUAAUAGACAAGCUUGGUCCCCAAGUCUGGUUUAAUAUUUUACUUUAAGUCCAAACUUGCUGAAGUCUAAGAUUCCAUAAAUCGGGCAAAUUUCAAAAUUAGCAGAAUUGUAAAAAGGACCAAUAUUUAAUUUUUGAGAUUAUUUGAAGAUCAAGAUAUAUAUUUUAUUUUGUUUGAAAGUUAUAAGAAAGUAAAUAAUAACCAUUUGUCUCAUCUUUUAUAUGUAUUUCUAAAGAUUGUGUUCUUAGUUAUGUUUGACUAGUAAACCUCUAUGCACAACAAAAGCUUUAAUCUCUGAAUCAUUAAUCCACUAUGAUUUAGUAGUUAUUGUGUUUUUAAAAAUAAAUAAUAUUAAACUAUGUGCUCAAAAUUAUUUAUUGCAAUGAUAUUGCAUAAAUUAAAAGUACUAUAUUGAUAAUUUUUUAUUUAUCAGUAAACAUUAAUCAUUUAAAAUACAUUACAUAGUAUGUUGUCUUAUUUUCUUUCAUCAAAAUUUUGCUAAUUGUCAAAAGUUAAUUGUAUUAACACAUAGUUCUAAGUUCAAAACUUAAAAUAAGAAACAUGCUUGAAUAUUUAAAAGUUAUUUAUUUCAAAAUUUUGAUUUAUUGCUAUUGUGUGACAAUUUAGUAAAUAACGUUACAUAACAGCUGCAUAUUGAAGUUUCAUUAAUAUUUUUUUUUUAUUGUCUAAAAUUUACUUAAAUUUUGAUGAACAUAUGUAAGAGUUUUUGCAAUUUGUACAUCAUAACUAGUGUGUUUUUUUUUUUGUUUUUUUUUUAAUUCUCAUGUGAUGUAGAGAAUGUAGACAUAUAGGAUGUAGUGCAUUUAACAUAGGUAAAUGUUUGUUUAAAUGUUCAACAGUAUGACUGCCUAAAAUCCAAGUUUGUUCUGCUUCUUCUGUUAUGUCUCAUAGCACUUAUUUGUACAUUUUUGCAGGUAUAACUAGAAACAGAUAUGUUUGUAGAAAACCUAAGUUUGUAAAUAAUGUUAAAAACAUGUUAAUGUAAUGCAAAAAUGAUUAGUAAUAAAGUUAUAAUGUCAAAA